CAAAACGCUCUUCUUCUUCUUCUUCUUCUUCUCAGCCUCGCUCGCGUGCUCGCGCUGUUCGUCUCGCUCGUCGCCGUGGAUCCCCAACAAUCGGAGAUGGCGCAGCCUCUCGUGAAGAAGGACGAUGAUCGGGACGACGAAGUGGAGUACUCUCCUUUUCUGGGAAUAGAGAAGGGUUUAGUUCUUCAGGAAGCUAGGGCUUUCCAUGAUCCGCAACUAGAUGCCAGGAGAUGCUCUCAGGUUAUCACGAAACUCUUGUAUCUUCUGAACCAAGGAGAGACGUUCACCAAGAUUGAAGCCACAGAAGUCUUCUUUGCGGUGACAAAGCUCUUCCAGUCAAAAGAUACUGGGUUGAGGAGAAUGGUUUAUCUGAUAAUUAAAGAGUUGUCACCCUCCAGUGAUGAGGUUAUUAUUGUCACAAGCUCAUUGAUGAAAGAUAUGAAUAGCAAGACCGAUAUGUAUAGAGCAAAUGCUAUUCGGGUUCUUUGUAGAAUCACAGAUGGUACAUUGCUUACCCAAAUAGAGAGGUACUUGAAGCAAGCUGUUGUUGACAAGAAUCCUGUUGUUGCCAGUGCUGCUCUUGUUAGUGGUAUCCAUUUGCUUCAGCAGACCAACCCGGAGAUUGUGAAAAGGUGGAGCAAUGAGGUGCAAGAGGCUGUUCAGUCAAGAGCUGCUCUUGUGCAAUUCCAUGCCUUGGCUCUUCUUCAUCAGAUUCGUCAAAAUGACCGACUGGCUGUGAGCAAGCUUGUUACUAGUUUGACAAAAGGAGCUGUUCGUUCACCUUUAGCCCAGUGUCUUUUGAUAAGAUAUACUAGCCAGGUAAUUCGUGAGACAAGCAAUUCGCAAUCUGGGGAACGCCCUUUCUUUGACUUUCUUGAAUCUUGCCUGCGACACAAGGCAGAAAUGGUUAUAUUUGAAGCUGCAAGAGCAAUCACAGAAUUAAGUGGUGUGACUAAUCGGGAAUUGACCCCUGCAAUUACAGUUUUGCAAUUAUUUUUAAGUUCAUCCAAGCCGGUACUUCGAUUUGCAGCUGUUCGAACUCUAAAUAAGGUGGCUAUGACACAUCCUUUGGCAGUUACAAAUUGCAACAUUGAUAUGGAGAGUCUAAUUUCCGAUCAGAACAGGAGUAUUGCAACUCUUGCUAUCACUACACUUCUCAAAACUGGCAAUGAAUCCAGUAUAGAUCGUUUGAUGAAACAGAUCACGAAUUUUAUGUCAGACAUUGCUGAUGAGUUCAAGAUUGUUGUUGUGGAAGCAAUUCGAUCUCUGUGCUUAAAAUUCCCUCUCAAGUAUCGCUCAUUGAUGAAUUUCUUAAGCAACAUUCUUAGGGAAGAAGGCGGGUUUGAGUAUAAAAAAGCAAUUGUUGAUUCAAUAGUGAUUCUUGUCCGAGAUAUACCUGAUGCAAAGGAAAGUGGUCUGAUUCAUCUUUGUGAAUUUAUUGAGGAUUGUGAAUUCACAUAUCUUUCUACUCAGAUACUUCACUUUCUGGGAAAUGAGGGUCCAAAGACGUCUGAUCCAACUAAAUACAUACGUUACAUAUAUAAUCGUGUUAUUCUUGAGAAUGCUACUGUUCGAGCUGCUGCAGUGAGUACACUGGCAAAGUUUGGUGCGCUAGUUGAGUCAUUGAAGCCUCGAAUAUUUGUCCUUUUGAGAAGAUGCCUUUUUGAUAUUGAUGAUGAGGUUCGUGAUCGGGCAACACUCUAUCUCAAUACACUUGGAGGUGAUGACUCUGUAGGUGAAACUGACAAUGAUGUGAAAGAGUUCCUUUUUGGUUCUCUGGAUGUGCCGUUGUCCAACUUGGAAAUGAGUUUGCAGAAUUAUGUGCCCUCUGAAGAACCUUUUGACAUUUCUUCUGUACCAAAGGAGGUCAAAUCACAACCUCUUACUGAGAAAAAGGCUCCUGGUAAAGUGCCAACUGGUUUGGGGCCUCCUACCAGCAACCCUACAUCAACUGUUGAUGGAUAUGAAAAGCUGCUUUCAUCCAUUCCUGAAUUUUCCAGCUUUGGAACACUCUUCAAGUCUUCUGCUCCUGUGGAGUUGACAGAGGCUGAAACAGAAUAUGCAGUUAAUGUUGUGAAGCACAUUUUUGAUGAGCAUGUUGUGUUCCAGUACAACUGUACAAAUACCAUUCCUGAACAACUCUUGGAAAAUGUCAUUGUUUUUGUGGAUGCUUCUGACGCUGAGGAAUUUUCUGAAGUGGCAUCAAAGCCACUAAGAUCCUUGCCCUAUGACUCACCUGGGCAAACUUUUGUAGCCUUUGAAAAGCCAGCUGGAGUUCCUGCUGUGGGGAAAUUCUCCAACCUGUUGAAGUUCAUUGUUAAGGAGGUAGAUCCCACCACUGGAGAAACAGAGGAUGAAGGUGUUGAAGAUGAAUACCAACUAGAAGAUCUUGAGAUUGUUGCGGCAGACUAUAUGCUGAAGCUUGGUGUCUCCAACUUCAGAAAUGCCUGGGAAAGUAUGGACCCGGAUUCUGAGCGUGUUGAUGAGUAUGGACUUGGCGCGCGAGAGAGCCUGGCAGAAGCUGUGAGUGCUGUCAUCACCCUUCUCGGAAUGCAGCCUUGUGAGGGAACUGAUGUUGUUCCGAACAAUUCAAGGUCACAUACUAGUCUCCUCUCUGGUAUUUUCAUUGGCAAUGUCAAGGUGCUAGUCAGGUUAUCAUUCGGGAUCGAUGGCCCCAAACAAGUCGCAAUGAAGCUCGCGGUCAGGUCAGACGAUCCAGCAAUCAGUGAUGCUAUUCAUGAGAUUGUCGCCAAUGGCUAACCAUAUACAGCACCUCUUUUUCCAAUUUUUGUACAAGGAAAUUCAGGUGACUGAAACCUCAUACAUGUUGUCUUUGGAGCACAGAUAUAUCAUCAUGUGUUUAUGUUUA